GCUGCAAAUUGACGGAACAGAAGCUAAACAGUAGAAACUGGCCAGUGUUCGACUACUCUACUGCGUUGAGUCGAUCGCGUACUUCCUCCUGUGGGGAGUGCACGACUUUUAACGUCGAGUCUCGCUGCCUCUCUGCAGCGGUGACAUUGCAGCUUUGCGCAACUUGCGCGGAUCUGUCUACGGAAGGCCCCGCAGCAGCGGGGAUGGUUGGUUUUUUUUUUCCGCUUCUUGUGCAGUCUUUCGGAGAGAAUCGCCGUGACGCGCAGGCUGCAACAGUUGCGGCAUGACUUUGCCUUGCGGCGCGUUGACGUGUGUUGAGCCCCCGCGAGACUCGCUCGUCGUGCCCGUGCAGGUGUGAGGCGUUGCGCGUAAACCGCCGCGCGUAACCGUAAACAUGGAGCUCCCGCGGCCGCGCUGCUCCUGUCGAUCCACGCUUUAAAAGACGCUCGAGAUGAGUCAAGAGCAAGAGGGCAUUUCCUUGCCCGUCCCUCGCUUCGGGGCUUGUCCCGCCAGAGGAGGUGAUGUCGGCGGGGAGAGCGCCGGCACCGCCCGCGGAGGAGCUGCCGGAGCCUCGGGUCUUGCGGUUCCAGCAGCCGGGACUUUCUGGCAGGAUUGCGGGGGGCACGGCCACACUUCCGGGAGCUGUGCGGUGGACGGCGGCGGUCUGCUGUCCACCGGCAAGUCGGGCAAAAGCAGGCCGGUGAGUGUCGCCUAUGUGUUCAACAACGAGCCGAACCAGCAGAACAACGCCGAGUGCGUCGCGCUGCAAUGCCUCAAGGACGCUUGUGAGACCGUGGGCAGCAAACUGGAGACGGUCCACUUUGGGAAACUGGACUUUGGCGAGACCACAGUGCUGGACCGCUUCUACAAUGCGGACAUCGCUGUUGUGGAGAUGACGGACGCUUUCCGCCAACCGUCUCUUUUCUACCACCUGGGAGUCCGAGAGAGCUUCAGCAUGGCCAACAACAUCAUCCUGUACUGUGACACCAAUUCCGAGUCGCUCCAGUCUCUGCAGGAAAUAAUUUGCCAGAAGAACACUACUUGCUCAGCCAACUACACUUUUAUCCCGUACAUGGUGACGCCGCACAACAAAGUGUACUGUUGUGAGGGCAGCCUAAUGAAGGGGCUCACUGAACUGAUGCAGCCCAGCUUUGAGAUGCUGUUGGGGCCCAUUUGCAUGCCCCUUCUGGACCGCUUCAUCCAGCUACUUAAAGUCUCGCAGGCCAGCUCCCACCAGUAUUUUCGCGAAACGACUCUGAGUGAGAUUCGUAAAGCUCGGGAACUCUACUCCGGAGCAGAACUGGCCGCCGAGCUGGGCCGAAUACAGCAGCGACUGGACAAUGUUGAGUGCCUCUCGGUGGACAUCGUCAUCAACCUGCUACUGACCUACAGAGACAUCCAGGACUAUGAGUCAGUCGUGAAGCUGGUGCAGACUCUGGAGAAGCUGCCCACCUUUGACCUCGUGGCUCAUCCACAUGUGAAGUUUCACUAUGCCUUUGCACUGAAUAGGAGGAACCAGCCAGGCGACAGACAGAAGGCCCUGGACAUCAUGCUGCCCCUAGUGGAGGCCGAGGAACAGGUGGCCUCGGACAUCUACUGCCUGGUAGGGCGGAUCUACAAGGACAUGUUCCUAGAAUCGCAUUUCGCGGACACUCAAAGCAGAGACAGCGGCACACACUGGUUCAAAAUGGGCUUUGAGUCUGAGCCGACACUGCACUCUGGUAUCAACUACGCUGUUCUGCUCCUGGCGGCUGGACACCAGUUUGAAACUUCUUUCGAGCUUCGCAAAGUGGGGGUGAAGCUGAGCAGCCUGCUGGGUAAAAAGGGCAGCUUGGACAAGUUACAGAGUUACUGGGAUGUGGGCUUCUUCCUGGGCGCCAGCAUCCUGGCGUGUGACAACACCAGGGUCAUCCAGGCUUCCGAGAAGCUCUUCAAACUCAAAGCACCCAUCUGGUAUCUCCGUUCCUUGGUGGAGACCAUAUUGAUCUAUCAGCACUUCAAGAAACCCUGCACAGAACAGCCAGUCCCCAAACUGGAAGUGAUGGACUUCUGGAUGGACUUUCUAGUAGAGGCAACAAAAAAAGACGUCUCGUCUGUUCGAUUUCCUGUGUUGAUAUUGGAGCCUACUAAAGUAUACCAACCUUCAUAUUUGUCCAUAAACAAAGACGUGGAUGACAACACAGUGUCCAUCUGGCACGUCACUCUUGACGACAAGAAUAAGGGGAUUCACGAGUGGAACUUCAGUGCCACGUCUGUGCGAGGCGUCAGCAUCUCCAAGUUUGACGAGCGCAGUGCUUUCCUUUACGUCCUUCACAAUGCAGAGGACUUCCAGAUCUAUUUCUGCACGGCGAUGCACUGUAAAAGGUUCUGCGAACUGGUCAACAGCAUCACUGAGGAGGCGUGGAGGGGUCCAGACGAGGGAGACUGUGAUACUGACUCAUUAGAGUACGACUACGAGUAUGAUGAGCACGGUGAGAAGGUCGUUCUGGGAAAGGGCACAUUUGGAGUGGUGUACGCGGGACGAGACCUCAGCAACCAGGUCCGACUGGCCAUCAAGGAGAUACCGGAGAGAGACAGCAGGUACUCUCAGCCCCUCCAUGAGGAGAUUGCCCUCCACAAGCACCUGAAGCACAAGAACAUCGUCCAGUAUCUCGGCUCCAUCAGCGAGAACGGCUUCAUCAAGAUCUUUAUGGAGCAGGUGCCUGGAGGCAGUCUGUCUGCGUUGCUCAGAUCCAAGUGGGGCCCCCUGAAAAACAACGAACCCACCAUAGGCUUCUACACACGGCAGAUCCUGGAGGGACUCAAAUACUUGCACGACAACCAGAUCGCACAUAGGGAUAUCAAGGGCGAUAACGUGCUAAUCAACACCUACAGCGGCGUGCUAAAGAUAUCCGAUUUUGGCACAUCAAAGCGCUUGGCUGGGAUUAACCCCUGCACUGAGACGUUCACAGGUACACUACAGUACAUGGCUCCUGAGAUUAUAGACAAGGGUCCUCGUGGCUACGGCAAGCCAGCAGACAUCUGGUCUCUGGGCUGCACCAUUAUAGAAAUGGCUACUGGGAAACCUCCCUUCUAUGAACUAGGGGAACCACAGGCUGCUAUGUUUAAGGUGGGCAUGUUUAAGAUCCACCCAGAGAUCCCAGAGUCCAUGUCACCAGAGGCCAAGGCCUUUAUCGUGCGUUGCUUCGAGCCCGACCCGGACCGCCGGGCCACCGCCUUCGAUCUGCUCACGGAUGAUUUCCUCACUGUCACCAGCCGCAAGAAGAGGGGGAAAAGUAGCUUCGCCGCUCUGUCACCAGGCACAGAGUACCUGCGCAGCAUUUCCCUGCCAGUGCCCGUGGUGGUAGAGGACACCAGCAGCAGCAGCGAGUAUGGCUCCGUCUCCCCUGACAACGACCUCCACACCAACCCCUUCAUCUUCAAGCCCAGCGUCAAGUGCUACAGCGAGCGCGACGUCAAGGGGCCCAGGUCACUCUUCCUCAGCAUCCCAGUUGAGAACUUUGAGGACCACAGUGCCCCUCCAUCUCCUGAAGAGAAGGAUUCGGGCUUCUUUAUGCUGAAGAAAGACAGCGAGAGGCGAGCCACCUUGCACCACAUCCUGACCGAGGACCUGGACAAGGUGGUGGCCAACCUGACGGAGGCCCUCGCACAGGGAUCGGAGGAAAUGAAGAUGAAACCUCAGCAUAUCUCCACACUGGUGGUCAGCCUGGCCGACUUUGUCCGCGCGGCUGACAGGAAAAUCAUCGCCCGCACGCUGUCUCAACUUAAACUGGAGCUGGACUUCGACAGCACGGCCAUAAGCCAGCUGCAGGUCGUUCUCUUCGGCUUCCAGGAUGCUGUGAACAAAGUGUUGCGAAACCACAACAUCAAGCCUCACUGGAUGUUUGCCCUGGACAACAUCAUCCGAAAAGCAGUGCAGACCGCCAUCACAAUCUUGGUGCCAGAGCUGAGGCCUCACUUCAGCCUGGCCUCCGAAAGCGACGCGCCUGACCAGGAGGACGCCGACGACGACGACGACGAGAAUCCGAGAAGCCCGGCGCACCAAAGACGGGCGCCACCCGUCUCCGCUCACGAUGACACGGUGGUUACUUCGGGAGUCAGUACACUCAGUUCCACUGUGUCCCACGAGUCCCAUAGCGCACAGCAUUCUGUGAGCAUGGAGCUGGGCAGGAUGAAGCUGGAGACCAACAGGCUGCUGGAACAGCUACUGGAAAAGGAGAGACAAUAUCAGACCAUCCUUCAACAAGUUCUGGAGGAGAGAGAUCAGGAGAUCAGAUUACUACGACUGCGAUCUCAGACUAUAGCAGACAUCUCCACCUCCACUUGUGGUCCAGGCGCACAUAUGGUGCAAUCUGCCAAAAAACGAGAAGAGACAGAGCUGAGCAGCUGGUUGAGCCUUUAUGGCGUAGACCAAGACUCCAUAGACGUGAUACUCAGUGAGGACUAUACGUUGAAUGACAUCCUCCAUGAUGUCACAAGAGACGAUCUGAAGAGUCUCAGACUGAGAGGCGGAAUCUUGUGUAAACUUUGGAAGGCCAUCACGGACCACAGGCACAAGCCCACCUGAGGCCUUAAGUGGCGGCAACCACUCUGAGAAGCCAGGACACCUCAGUAUUCUCCUCAAUACCUCAGUAUUUAUUUUUAGAACAAGAGCCUGUGUUUGCAGCUUUCCACCCACGCUACAGCUUGUUUCCUUGGUCGGGUGCAGUGAUCGUUUUGAAAAUGUCAUUUUGUCAAGUGCCACUAUAGCGUCGACCCGCCUUACGGACAUGAGAAGCAUGUCGCAACAUCGACUUGUAGUUUGAUUUGUAAACACACGUCAAUUGUUCUAGUCUUUACGUGCUGAAACGUUUACAUAUCUAGAGACUGACUGUUUGGAAUGUUAGCCUGACAUACAAAAAUGCCACGUGAAAAAAAAAUCUGUUUUGUAUAUCUUUAUCUUUAUUAAUGUUUCAUUGUGGACGCCACAUCCCAUCUGUUUUUAAAAAAAAAAUUAUUUAAUUGUUUUGAAAAUCUGAAGGAUGUCAAUGCAUGCUUUUUUUUUUUUACACACUAUUGAGACUAAUUUAAAUGAUUCAUUCACAUUUCACAAACAUGUAAAUAUUAUGAAAUACCUUAUGUGAACAGGCAUACAUGUACUUAAUAUAACUUGUAGUUAGUUUUUCCAUGUGGACUGGACCAUCUAUGGUUGUGUAAUAUUAAUAUUGUGGGAUUUUCUAAUGUCCCAAAUCAUAGGAGAUACUAAUUACUACUAAAUAUUGUAUUUGAUCUGCUCACUUUUUCAUUAUUUUUACAUUGAUUUUUUUUUUCCACAUUGCUUCAGAUAAUAUCUUUCAAUCUGCUGUUUGUUGGAAGGAAAAUGUAAAAGUGAAACAAAUUUUAUACCGAUAUGACUCUUAACGUUUAUUUUAAAACAGUGUCAGAAACAGGAGUUGUGUGUCUGUGUUGUUUCAUAAUAUUUAAAAUAGUGCAAGAUGUAUGUUAUAUUGUUAAAAUAAAGGUUUUCAUUAUGGAA